AUGGUAAGUUUUCAAAUAAUUUUUCGCUGAAAAAUCAAUUUAUUUCAGAAAUUUCAUUUUCUGGGCGGUAUGGAUUGUCCAGAUUGGCUUCUCUCGCAAAUCUGCUCGAAUUUUGCGAAAUUUGUGAGUUUAUGGAUCUUUUUCAUACAUUUUACGCGAUGUUUUGUUUAGACUUCGCUGAAAUUUCGGAGUUUGUGUCAACAAGCAGUGAAUUAUAGUCUGGAAGGUGGACAAUUUGAUGAAAAACAAUUGGAAAAAUGUAUCACCGAGGAGAUUUGUGAGUUUUUGUUUUUUCUCUCAUUUAAAACACAGUUGAAAAAUCUUUACAGAUCUUUCUGAUUUGUACAACACCGUUUCGAUUUUGUCGAUUUGGUUAUUCGAAAAACCCGCCGGAUAUCUUUGUUCAGCUGAUGAUUUACAAAAAGAGUUAGUGCAACUUGGUCUUCCUCCCGAAAACGCGAAAGUGUUGCAUAAAAUCUACAAUGCGAGUCAGGAAAGACUUCGCGAGAAAUUGAAAAAUUCGGUUUUCAGCGAGCCACAUGCAGAAAUUAUUUCUAAAUCUCAAAAUUCUCUAGAACUUCUAAUAGCUGACCAAACUUUGAACUUGGAACUAAAGCCAAGUCUGCUGAAAAAUUUGGAAAACGAUUUGAAAUUGUGUUAUGAAAAAUUAUGUGAUAUGUAA